AUGCACAAUGCAAAUGUACAGUAGAUCUUGUUCUAAGACCUUCUAACWCGGGUAUAGUAACAAAAAUCCAAAAACAUGCCAAWGCCAUUCUCCGAAGAUUUGCGAUGGCGUGCUGUUUGGCUACGAUAUUUUGUCGGUUGCAGUAUCGAGGAGACAGCGUUCUAUCUAGCUAUGUCAGAAAGAUCUGUGGAGCGAAUUUUAAGACGAUAUCAGAAUUCAAAUGAUGUUCGUGCUGACUGUAUGGGAAGACCUUUAAGUAUGUUGGGCAUGCAUCCACGUGAAGAGCUUGUACUGAUGGAAGCUCUGCUUGAACAUCCAGAAAAAACCUUACUGGRAAUAGUUCAAGAUAUAAUGUCAGUAUUUGGUAACCGCUUUGAUGUAUCAACUGUUUGCCGAUAUUYCAAAAGAAAUGGCGUAACGAGGAAGACGUUAAAGAGAAUAGCUCUACAGCAAAGUGAGGUUGCUCGUGUUGCUUUCAGAGCUGAUACUUGCCUCCUUAAUCCAGACAKGCUCGUAUUCCUAGAUGAAAGCGGGUUUGAUCGUCAAAUUUCGCGUAAAAGAGGAUACAGUCUAAGAGGGCAACGUGUAGUCGUACGAAGGGUGUUUGCUAGCUGGAGUCCAAGGAUAACAGUAAUUCCAGUUAUUACAACAGAGGGUCUACUGGAUAUUGGGAUUCAUCGAGGAACUACAARCGCUGCUACUUUCCUUCAGUUUCCUCAAGAAAAGCUUCUCCCACACUUGUUGCCAUUCAAUGGGGUUAAUCCGCGAUCAGUCGUUAUAAUGGAUAACGCAGCAAUACACCAUAGCCAUGCAGUGGUGAACGCAAAAAAUGCAACAGGUGCUCUACUCAAUUUCUUACCACCGUACAGCCCAGACCUGAUGCCUUGUGAAGGCAUGUUUUCCAAAGCAAAAAGUUGGAUCCAAGAAAAUGACCUCGUUUGGCARGCUUGUGAUGAUCGUGAAGCAAUKGUGUUUGAAGCAUUUAUGCAAAUUGCCGAUGAAGAAGUAGUGAAUUUUAUCCGUGACUCUGAAUAUUUGUAGAAUUUAUAGGAUCUAUUACGUGCGAUAAUAGACUCAAUCAUAG